CUUAUACAGAAGCAGCAAGGAUUGAAUGAAAACUUGAAACAGAAAGAACCAACUAUACACGUUCUUUUCCAGGUUUUUCAUCUGCCCCAUCUGAGAUUCAUUAUGGUACCUUGCAGUGAGCAAUGACCUCCUCUGAAGAAUAUAGGUGCCAAAAAGACAGAGAGACAGUGGCCUUGUUUCCCUCUUACUUGACAAAGUGAAAUGGUGCUCUUAAGGUGAUAAGUGUUUACUACACUUGGAAACCUAAACUGUUGGCUGGACGAUUUUUCCCUGACCUCCACCCCAGUGUUCUGAUGGACGGUUGACAGUGACAUCAUGUAGUAGUCCCUGAAGUGUUGUCAUAACUGAGUUGCAAUGGUUUUAUACACUUCCCCAUUUCCCAACAGCUUUCUAUCAGUUCUGCAUUCCUUUUCCUGGGGCCUGAUUUUCCCAUGUUAUUGGUUUGCAGACAGGCUUGUGGCCUCCUUUGUUCCUACCACCUAUGAGAAACGACAAAGGGCAGAUGAUCCGUGCUACUUUCAAGCACUCUGCAUCAUUAUUACCACUCCCAUCUACUUGGCACUGCUGGUGGCAUCUCUUCCUUUUGCCCUGAUUGGCUUCUUGUUAUGGUCACCUCUCCAGUCAGCUAGAAGGCCAUAUAUCUACUCCAGGCUAGGAGACAAGAGCCAGGCCAAUGGCGCUACACUACUUACUGAAUGGAAAGCUACAGGCAAUGGGAAAAGCUUCUGCUUUGGUAGUGCCAAUGUUUGUCUGCUACCAGACUCUCUGGCAAGAUUUAACAAUGUGUUCAACACACAGGCACGGGCUAGAGAAAUUGGGCGGAGAAUCAGAAAUGGGGCAAGCAGACCACAGAUAAAAAUAUAUAUAGAUUCCCCCACUAACACAUCCAUCAGUGCAGCCAGUUUCAGCAGCUUGGUCUCUCCCCAAGUUGGAGAUAGCACUAAUCGUGCUGUCAAUGUAGGCAUCAAAAGGACAUCAUCUAUGGAGUACAAGGGAGACAAUUCUGGCUCAAAUAACAGUGAGGAUAGCAGAGAUGCUAAAGCUGGAGUGGAACUAAAUGAGGGAGAGGACAACAACACAUGUAUCGUGCGCAUAAGUGGGGAGGAUAAUGGCCACAUUUCAGACCCAGAAGCGGAUGCCAUUAGUGGCCAGGCUAAUAUCAGUAGCCCAGCAGAACACUCCUUGGAAGGUGAAAGAGAGAGUCCAAAGGGUCAAAUACCCAACCAUAAACAGAAAGAAGGAGAUUCUGGGAGUUUAGACAGCUACACUGCCUCGCGAGAGUCCCUGGUUAAGGUUCGCAUUGGAGAUGGCACGGUGGACCAAAGUAACAUCAACAACAAGCUCCUUUACAAAGCCUCGGUCAUGAAGAAGACCUCUGUGAGGAAAAAGAAGCAUAUGGAUGAAAUCUUUGACCAUGAGAUCUCUGCUUUCUUCCCUGCCAACUUGGACUUCCUGUGCUUGCAGGAAGUGUUUGACAAAAGAGCAGCAGAGAAGUUGAAACAGCAGCUCCAUCACUAUUUUGAAUACAUUCUAUAUGAUGUUGGGGUCUAUGGCUGCCAUGGCUGCUGUAGCUUUAAGUUUGUUAACAGUGGCCUGCUUUUUGCCAGCCGUUACCCAAUUAUGGAUGCUGCCUAUCACUGUUACCCCAAUGGAAAAGGAACGGACUCCUUGGCUUCCAAGGGGGCCUUGUUUCUCAAGGUGCAAGUGGGAAAUACACCUCAGGACCAAAGAAUUGUGGGAUACAUUUCCUGCACUCAUUUGCAAGCUCUGGCAGGAGACACUACAGUUCGAUGUGAGCAACUUGAUCUGCUUCAAGAUUGGCUGGCUGAUUUCCGAAAAUCUACCUCCUCCUCCAGCACAGCCAAUCCAGAGGAGCUGGUGGCUUUUGAUGUGAUCUGUGGAGAUCUCAACUUUGACAACUGCUCAUCUGAGGACAAGCUGGAGCAGCAGCACUGCCUGUUUACACGCUACAAAGAUCCAUGCCGGCUUGGUCCUGGGGAAGAAAAACCAUGGGCAGUUGGUACCUUGUUAGAUCCUGAAGGAUUGUAUGACGAAGAAGUGUGCACUCCAGAUAACCUACAGAAGGUGCUGGAAAGCGAAGAAGGGAGGAAAGGAUACCUGGUCUAUCCCACCAGCAAGAACCAUUCUUCAAGUCAAAAGGGGAGGAAGGCAUCACUAAAAGGCAGUGGGAGGAGGAUUGACUACAUGCUUUACACAGAAGAGGGUGUCUACCUGGAAUGGAAAGUGGAAGUGGAAGAGUUCAACUUUAUUACACAGUUAGCAGGUUUGACAGACCACCUGCCAGUCGCUAUGCGUCUGAUGGUAUCUACAGGGGAAGAGGAUUCUUAAAACUGACCAGCUUAGACAGAAGAUUAGAAGAGGAAAGUUUCAAUUUAUGACCUAUAUCAGAGGAUAGGAAAGAACUUUUCUGGUGCCACGUUAGGAAAGAUGACUAGACCUGACCCAGGCUACCCCCCGCCACAACUCAACUGGCUUUCAAGUUCCUUCAAAAUGUACCAGCAUCGGAGGAUAUAAAGGGAAGAAAUUGUGUGGGUUGGGGCCAAUAACAAACCAUUGUCACAAGUUGGUCAGGCAACAGGGCAGGGCUGUAUCUCAAUGCUUUCACUGUGGACCGAAAGGAACCAAGAUGGAAGUCCUUAUUCCUUUUGAACCAGUGCCAUUCUUACUAAAACAUGUUUUUAUACUAAUAUAUAGCACAAUUUAGUUUGUAAUCCGUCUGUGAGUUAGUGCUGCUCAAUGGAUUUUUGCAUAAUAUCUUUGUAAAACUAAGCUAAAGCUUUUUUUUCCCCUCCUUUUCUUUUUCCAAGCCUGUUAAUGUCGUAGUAGCAUGCCUGCACCAGUAGCAUGCGCCCGCAUUGCAUGCCACUCUAAGAUAGUCAUUAAGAUACCAUGGGGGAAAAUGAGAAUAGAAAUGGGAAUUCAAAAUCUGAAACUAGCCAAAGAAAAGCAUUCUGGGACUGGCUAAACAUUUUCCAAUCAACUUGAUGGGCUUCAAAACAAAAACCUGUAUCCAAUUGGCAGAUAAGAAUCUUACUUUUUCAGAGUCCUCCAUUUAAGGAUUAUGAUUAAAAAUCAGACAUUAAAGUUUAGGAAUUCAGUCCCACAAUCCUUACUCCAAUUUAUAUUCCCAUUAAAAUCAACAAGAGUUUUGCCUGAGUAACAGCUCCUGAAUAGAGCACAGGAUAUCACUUUUACUUUGAGAAAGAAUAUGGUCCCCUUUUAAUGCCAUAGGCUUCCUUUCCCACAUUUAAGGCAGUACUGAUUUACAGUAUACGGUAACAGAGAAUAUUAUGGUUAUUUUGAAUAGAUUCACGUGGUACCAUUGUAAUACCAGAGUCAAUUCUCUGCCUUGACUGGAUACAAUGAAUAAGGAAGGCUUUUAACAAACAUGCGAGACAUAGGAAAAACAAAGGAAGUGAGGAUUUUGGAGAACAGAUGAAGAAGGAGUGUGAUUGACAAAAGACUGAUUAGGACACUGAUUUUCAAAGGAACAAAAAGUGGUGGCAGAAUAAAGAAAGAAAAAAAGGGGAAGUGAAAUGUGAAGACUUAUGUAAAGGAGAAAAUAAUUUGUAAUGUUUGGAACACAACACUGCAUUCUUUGUGCCCUCAGUCUUCGAGUCUUGGCCAGUUCAUUUGUAUAAUUUUGGUGGUGGUUUUCUCUUUCUACUGCACAAACACGUACAUCAGCCCCUUUGUUAAACAGUGAGUUCUCUCUUUAUUGUCCCAUCCCAGUACCCUACCCUUGUCACCUUCCUACCUCCCCGACGCAUGUAAUUAAAAAGUGGGAUUCAUAACUGAGCUUCUCGGCCCUUUGUCCAUGUAGGGAUGUAAAAUGGGGCAAAAGCAAAGGAGGGGAUGGAAGCAAAGGCAAACACCACACUAAAGAAAUAGGCUUCUCUUCCUAGGGAGAAGAGUAUUCUACUCAAAAGGAUACCUCUGGGCCCACACAAUCUGCUAAUUACCUGUUGCUCUUUAAUCCAAGCCAUUCCUCCCUAAUCUUGUUCCAUUUUUACAAUGUUUUCCCCAUUCUCUACCAUAAGUAUUGAAUUCACAUCGCAUCUGGGCCCAAACAUGCACCAGUUUAAACAAACAAUUUUUAGCCAACCUGAUACAAACAUCUCUGUGAACACUUAUUGUGCUUUAGUUUAAACCUGCUAUAGACUUAAACUG